AUGGAGCUCUCCAAGUUUCUCGCCCUCCUCGCAGUUGUCCUGCCCAUUGCCUAUGGUGCCCCCACGGACACGGCAACCAGCCUUCACCCCAAGAUCCUGGCUGCCAUGAAGCGCGACUUCGGCCUGAACGCCGAGGAGGCCAACGCUCGUGUCGCCUUCGAGCACCGAUCCACCGACAUCAUCGAGCAGCUUCGCAACUCCGCCGGUGACGCUUUCGCCGGUGCCUGGAUCUCUGAUGACGGCGCCUCGCUCAAUGUCGGCGUUACUGACCAGACCCUGGCCGCUGAGGUGACCGCUGCCGGUGCCAACGCCGUUGUCGUCCCCAACAGCCUCACCAAGCUUGAGGAGGCCAAGCUGGCGCUUGACAACAUUGACAUCGACCAGCCCGCUGCCCGCGACACCACCUCCGCCGACUCUGGCAUCGCCUCGUACUUCGUCGACGUUGCCUCCAACAAGCUCAUCCUCGAGGCUCUCCCCGGCAGCACCGCCCACGCCGAGGCUCUGGCCGCCAAGGUCGGUCUCGUCGCUUCCGAGUUCGAGGUGCGAACCGUCGACUCGCUGCCCUCCACCCUGGCCACCGUCGUCGGCGGUGACGCUUACUACAUCAACCGUGCCGGCCGCUGCUCCAUCGGCUUCGCCGUCACCACCGGUUUCGUUACCGCUGGCCACUGCGGUAGCGUCGGCAACUCCGCCACCACCAGCGCCGGUGCCGCUCUUGGCUCCUUCUCUGGCUCUGUCUUUCCCGGCAGCGCCGACAUGGCCUUCGUCCGCACCGUCAGCGGCACCGUCCUCAGGGGCUACAUCAACGGCUACGGACGUGGCAACCUCCCCGUCUCCGGCAGCACCGUCGCUGCCGUCGGAGCUAGCAUCUGCCGCUCCGGCUCCACCACCGGUGUCUACUGCGGUACCGUCGGUGCCUUCUCCGCCACUGUCAACUACGCCGAGGGACGUGUCACUGGUCUCACCCGCACCAGUGUCUGCGCCGAGCCCGGUGACUCUGGUGGUUCUUUCUACUCUGGUGCUCAGGCCCAGGGUGUCACCUCCGGAGGCUCUGGCAACUGCAGAUCUGGCGGCACCACCUACUUCCAGCCCGUCAACGAGAUUCUGUCUACCUACGGCCUCACCCUCGUCAGGUCUUAG